AUGGAGAAGCCAACAGUAACGGAACAACCACCCCCUUACUCUGCGUCUGUUCCACCAGGUCAGCCAAGUGGGCCAUACCCUCAACCGUCGCCGCAACCUGCAUUCCAAAGUCCUUAUCCACCACCACCACCUGGAUACACACCAUAUAAUGCUCCAUCUAACCAGCCAUACCUACCAAACUAUGGAGCAACAAACAUUAUCAUACCACCUGCUAUCAUAGCUGUUGGAGCCUGUCCCGCUUGCCGAGUUGGAAUCUUAGAAGACGACUUCACUUGCCUUGGUAUACUCUGUGCAAUUUUGUUUUUCCCUCUUGGAAUUUUGUGCUGCCUUGCACUUAAGAAUAGAAGAUGUUCCAACUGUGGGGCCAUGUUUGGGUAG